AUGAUCAUCUAUGACAACAGGGGCUUCUUUGCCCUUCUGCUCCGUGUCAAGGGAACUGUCUACAGUGGCAUCUUCGUGCGUUGCCUUGCCGCGGCCUUGUUUGGUGUGCUUGCUGCCAUCCUUCAAGACCGUGGGCUCGUGGGCGCGAGCACGUCCUAUCUCACCGAAGGCAACUUCCAAAUGCUGUACACCUUCAUUGGUACAGUUCUCGGUCUCAUGCUCUCGUUUCGCCUUUCAAUGGCAUACAAUAGAUGGGAGGAAGCCAACAUGCAAAUGGGCAGCUUUCGUCAGUGCACCAGGAACAUCAUCAGCAGUCUCGCUGCGCACAUCUCCGCAUCAGAAGACGACAUCAAAGACGCCAUGUCGGUGCUGCGGGAGAUGCGGCAUUUGAUCGUCUCGCUCUGUGUUCUCAUCAUCAAGGACCUUCACGACGAUACGAAUAUCGAGGACCUGGUCUCCCUCGGUUACCUUUCUCCGUCAAAUGUCGAUCACAUCUCCGAAUCACGCGUACAUCUCUUCGCCGAUCACAUUUCGGCGUCACACGUGGAGGCGAGACCCGCACGCGUUCGCCCCGCGCUUCUCACAGUGCUCAUUCGCCAAAAGCUGAAAGAGUUGGUCAAGAAGCGCUAUGUGGGCUCCGAGGUGUUUGCAACAUCGGAAGCGCGUAUUGACGAGCUGUCUCGCGUGUUCUCGUCGUUACUGAGGAUCGCCGCCACCCCAAUGCCCUUUAUCAUGAACCAUUUCCUCAAGGUGAUUAUGGCGUUGUAUGUGUUUACGGUUCCGUUUGGAAUCGUUGCGCAUCUGAAAUGGCUCACGCCGGUUGCCCUCCUCGUCAUCAGCCUGCUCUUCUUCGGCGCAGACCAAAUUGCUGUUGAAAUCGAAGAGCCACUCGGUCAAGACCUGAACGAUAUCGACCCGGCGUUCCACAUUGUCCGGCUGGACAUUGAGACGGCGGCCAUGGUUGCUCACAUCCAACACAUGAACAAGAUCCCGCGUCGCGACCAAGACGUGCCGACCCUCGCCAGCAACUGGCAUCACCUCGAACUCGACAACAGCGUAACAAGUGGGACGACGCCAUAUCAACACCCCGUGCGACCCGUCAUCAGCGAUGAACAGCCGUUGUUGUCGGGCCGCUGA